AUGCUCCUUCCGGGUCGUCUGGGAAACUCUCAAUCGAGCCUCGCCACCGAUCCGAGAACUCAUCGUGGACUCCUGAAAGGCCUAGAAGCGUAUGAAAUGCAGUACAAUACUUUUCUGACCGCGAACAUCACUCCAGAUGCUUCUCUAGCAGAAAUAAUUGCUUUCGCCCAUGAGAGCGAAAAGGCACUCGAGAGCAUGAUACAUGGAAUGGACUUUGGCGUACUACAUCCUUCGCAACAAAGUCCAAUCACCGUGACACAAGUCUUCAUUCCUGGCGUCAACGAGAACCAAAUUCAACUAUCCAUAUAUCGCCCCGCCCAUGAAAACUCUCAGGAGGAGCUACCCGCCGUCUUGUAUUUUCACGGAGGUGGCAUGGUCAUGUUAUCCACGCAAAAUCGUCUACACACGAGCUACGCAGAAGCGAUUGCUCGCACGGGUCUGGUCGCCAUUCUCGUGGAUUUCAGCAAUGUUCUCAGCAACGGAAAUCCCGAAGCCAGUUCACACACCAAUCUCAAUCCAUUUCCUACGGGACUAGACGAUUGUGUCUCAGCAGCGAGGUGGAUAAACAAACACAAACAAGACCUGCGAAUCAGCAAAAUCGUGCUGCACGGUGAUAGCGGAGGGGCAAAUCUGGCUUUGGCUACAGCGUUGAGACUCAAUAUUAGUGAAAAUACAAAGGCUACGAUCGAUGGUGUGUUUGCCGUGGAUCCCUAUAUCAGCGGAGCGUACGACCAGAGUCGGGAAUGGAAAUUGAAAAAUCUGCUGCAAUCUUUGGUCGAGUGUGAUGGAUAUGAUGUGAGUUGUUCUUCGUGCUCGAUUUAUGCUCGUCUCUACGACCAUCAGGGCAAAUUUCGAAACGAUCGUUUUGCUUGGCCAUACUGGGCGAUGGAGUCUGAUUUGUGUGGCUUGCCGCCUCAUGUGAUUAUGGUUGCUGAGUUGGAUCCGUUGAGGGAUGAAGGGAUCGAGUAUUGCAGGAAACUCGUUCGGGCUGGCGUGAGGAGUGUGGGAAGGGUGAGAUUGGGAAUGACUCAUACGGGUGAUUUAUUGUUGAGGCAGUACGUGCCGGACGAGUUUUUGGAAUUACUCGAUAUGCUCAGGGGUUUUGUCGAUAGACUUUGA